ACCCCGUCUAGGCUUCCUUCGGACGGGGUUUGUGUUGCCCGUGGGAAGGAGGAAAUGUGCCUGUCUUUCUUGGGGACAGUGGAGUGAAGACUUUCAAAUCCAAGGUCAUGGCAAAACAUCUGAAGUUCAUUGCCAGGACAGUGAUGGUACAGGAAGGAAAUGUGGAAGGGGCCUACAGGACCCUCAACAGAAUCCUCACCAUGGACGGACUCAUUGAGGACAUUAAGCGAAGGCGGUAUUAUGAGAAGCCAUGCCGCAGGAGACAGCGGGAAAGCUACGAAACCUGCCGGAGGAUCUACAAUAUGGAAAUGACGCGAAAGAUCAACUUCUUGAUGCGGAAAAAUCGAGCGGAUCCUUGGCAGGGCUGCUGAGGGGAUUUGUGUCUCUAAUUCUUUUCUGGAAACCAUUUCUCCAACCUUUCUGUACAAUAAACCCCAUCGCAUUUAUGUAAGAAGGCCUACAUGUACAGAGGUAGUUCCAUCUGUCACCAGUGUUUUAUUAACUGAAAAAGAAGGAGCCAACAGUAGUAUAGGAGCAGUACUGAGGAAAUAUUCUAACGUAGUGGAUGUAUUUAUUGUGUAGGGGCUUCAAAACUCGUGGGAAAAUUCCAUGAACCUUUUGAAGUCUCUUCAUAUUUUCACUCAAUUUUUAUGAAAUCUAAGAACCGUAUCUGUUAAUGCUUUAUUGAACUAUCCACCUCCCCCCACCCCACCCCCGCACUGUUAUCUCCCCCACAUUUCUGUGAAGAGGAGAAGCAGCAUGUAUGUAUUUAGAAUAAAUUAUGCUUCUGAGACACCCAUCAA